UUUAAUUAUAAAUACCCAACGUAUAUAAUGCAAAUUCUUUUGGGGCGCGUUGUCAUUCGUUAUGGACAAAUGGCAAGGGAAGGUCGCGGUUGUAACGGGGACGACCUCUGGAAUUGGUUUGGCGUUAGCCACCCAGCUUGUAGAUUUGGGCGUUGUGGUGGUCGGAUUGUCACGUAGAACGGACAGGGGUGUCGAGCUCGUGUCACGUCUUCGGGGAAGAAAGGGCGCGUUUCAUCACCUCACAACGGACGUAGGCAAAGAGGAGGAUGUGGCCAGCGCGUUUCGAUGGAUUCGCGAAAAUUUGGGCGGUGUCAGCAUUUUGGUUAACAACGCGGGCACGAGGAGAUCCACCAGCUUGGUGGACGGUGAUGCGAAGAUGUGGAGGGAAACCUUGGACGUUAACGUGGUUGGGCUGUGCCUGGUCACUAGGGAGGCUGUAAGGAGUAUGCGCGCAAACGGUAUAGAUGGACACGUUGUUAUUGUCAACAGCAUGGCUGGUCAUCGCGUACCUCCCCUGCUGGAUAACAACAUUUAUCCCGCUUCCAAAUUCGCGGUAACCGGAAUUGCCGAGACUCUUCGACAGGAUUUAAAUGCUAUGGGUAGCAAGAUUAAGGUUACGGCUGUAAGCCCAGGGCUUGUCGCUACAGAAAUAUUUGAGGUUAGCAAAAUGGAUGGCUAUAUAAAAUCCCUUCCACAGCUUCAACCAGAAGACGUCGCUAAUAUUAUCGUCUAUGUCCUGUCCACACCACUCCAUGUGCAAAUCCAUGACAUUCUGGUGAGACCCCAAGGACAACUUUCUUAAGACCCUUAAGUUGCCACACGCACCUAACUUUAGCCUGUUGUUUUGCUUGCGUUGUUUAAGGUAUUUACUAUUUCCGCUUUCAAAUAUACAAAGUAACAAUAUA